CUCUCUCCUUUGCAGUGCCUCCGCCUCUCCUCUCCGGCUGACAGCGACCGGGUUCUCCCUCCACACCCUCUCCCGGUUCCUCGCCCCCUUCUCCACCCACCCUCCUUCCCUCCCUCCCUCUCGAGCGUGCUGGAGGAAAGCCGCAGCCUGCGCGCGGCCCAGGGCGCCGGGGGAGGCGGCGGCAGCGGCGGCGGUGGGUGUGUGCGUGUGUGUGAAGGACGCCACCUCUUGCUCCUGCGUUCGCAGGCGGCGGCGGGCGGCGGGGCUUCUCGCUCCGGCAGCGGCGGCGACAGUGGUGGCGGCUUCCGGAGUCCCGCCGCGAAGAUGCUCAAAGUCACGGUGCCCUCGUGCUCCUCCUCGUCCUGCUCUUCGGUCACCGCCAGUGUGGCCCCAGGAGCCGGGAGCCUCCUCCCGGAUUACUGGAUCGAAGGUUCCAACAGGGAUGCGUUGAGCGAUUUCUUCGAGGUGGAGUCGGAGCUGGGACGGGGUGCUACAUCCAUUGUGUACAGAUGCAAACAGAAGGGGACCCAGAAGCCUUAUGCUCUCAAAGUGUUAAAGAAAACAGUGGACAAAAAAAUCGUAAGAACUGAGAUAGGAGUUCUUCUUCGCCUCUCACAUCCAAACAUUAUAAAACUUAAAGAGAUAUUUGAAACCCCUACAGAAAUCAGUCUGGUCCUAGAACUCGUCACAGGAGGAGAACUGUUUGACAGGAUUGUGGAAAAGGGAUAUUAUAGUGAACGAGAUGCUGCAGAUGCUGUUAAACAAAUCCUGGAGGCAGUUGCUUACCUACAUGAAAAUGGGAUUGUCCAUCGUGAUCUCAAACCAGAGAAUCUUCUCUAUGCAACUCCAGCCCCAGAUGCACCACUCAAAAUCGCUGAUUUUGGACUCUCUAAAAUUGUGGAACAUCAAGUGCUCAUGAAGACAGUGUGUGGAACCCCAGGGUACUGCGCACCUGAAAUCCUUAGAGGCUGUGCCUAUGGACCUGAGGUGGACAUGUGGUCUGUCGGAAUAAUCACCUACAUCUUACUUUGUGGAUUUGAACCAUUCUAUGAUGAAAGAGGUGAUCAGUUCAUGUUCAGGAGAAUUCUGAAUUGUGAAUACUACUUUAUCUCCCCCUGGUGGGAUGAAGUAUCUCUAAAUGCCAAGGACUUGGUUAGAAAAUUAAUUGUUUUGGAUCCUAAGAAACGGCUGACUACUUUCCAAGCUCUCCAGCACCCAUGGGUCACAGGCAAAGCAGCUAAUUUUGUACACAUGGAUACCGCUCAAAAGAAGCUCCAAGAAUUCAAUGCCCGACGCAAGCUUAAGGCAGCAGUGAAGGCCGUGGUGGCCUCUUCCCGGCUGGGAAGCGCCAGCAGCAGCCACAGCAGCAUCCAAGAGAGCCAGAAGGCCGGCCAGGCACCUUCUUCGAUUCAGGAUGGCAGUGAAGAUGUUAAAGCUAUCUCAGAAGGAGACGAAGUUCAAGGAAGUGGGGCCCCAGUGGCAGUUGAGCGGGCAGAGGCUGAGCUGAUGAAGGUACAGGCUGUAGAAGAAGUUAAAGAUGCUGAUAUAAGUGCUGCCAAGGCCGCCAGUGCGGUGCCCAAAGCAAUAGAAGAUGGGACAAAGGUGGCUGACCCGGAAAUCGAGGAGGGCCUAGUAGAGGAGAAGCUGAAGACCUUGGAGGAAGCAGCAGCCUCCAAACAAGAGCAAGAAAACCCGGCUGUGGUAUUUGGAGCUCAGCAGAAUGAUGUGAUCCUGCCAGAGUACUGAUUUGGCUUCUUUCCAGUCGGGAGGCCAAAUGCGGGCACUUUGUAUGUUUUGUCCUUCAGCAAGGAAGAUGUAGAAGCAUGAUCUGCAUUAUAGUGAUUCUGUUUUUUGAGGUGCAAAAAAAAAAAAAUACAUAUAUAUCAGUUGGUAAUCCUAACUUCAUGCAUGUGACUGCUUUAUGAAAAAAUAGUGUCUUCUCUGGUAUGUAAUGGAUACCUAAUGCUGAUGAGUUAAAUUUGAAAUUUUGAGUAAACAACAUACAUUUUAAAAACAUACAUUUUCAGGGACCAGUAGCAUACAUUUGAAGUAACUAGUAACACAUUGUUUUUGCUUUGAAAACCUAGCCAUCAUACAUCCUUUGGAUUUCUUCACAAGGCAGUAAUUCCUUUGGACUGUUGCUCAAUAUUAGGUAAUGCUAUAAGACAUGUUCCCAUGGCAUUCACAUUAUCCUUUUCAGUGUGUUCAAACUGUUUACAAGGAGAUGGUUAUAGGGUGCAGUUUUAUGGUACAUAUAAAAAAUCCCACUUACAAUGGUAAGAAGUUGAAGCAUACUUAAGGGCCAUGAAACAAAAUGCCCUUAAAGCUUGUAUAGCAAAUGCUUUCUAAUUUUGUCCUUAUUUAUACACACUAUAUUACUAAUAACCAAAAAUGUUCUAUCACAAAAUCCUGCCAUUUUAUAAUCCUGGAGAAAGUAUUUUACAGACUCCUGCUGAGAGAUAUAUCCCUUCCUUCCCAUGCUAAUACAGUUUCUUUCUCAUGGACAACACUUAAGGUAGGCUAAAGAAACUGAGGGAAGAGAAGGAGCUAAGGCCUAGACCUAAACUAACAAAGGUUGACUGCUUGUCAUUUUCAGAUACAAUUGGAUUUAUUCAUGAGUUUGUACAACUUUAAAGACCGUGACAUUUUUAUGAAUAAACUCUGUAUUUACCGAGUUUCAAAUAUUCAGAAAAAUCUACCCCACAGGCUGGUGCCAAAAUGUCUGAAUAGAGUGAGAAUAAUAUUCCAUUAUAAGAUCAUCCACUUUACUAGAGUAAGGAAACUUUUGUUUAUGAAAGUCCUUUUUCCCUUCAGUUGAUGAUGAACUAGAAAUAUUGCUUAUGAACUAAAGAUAUUUCAGAAAAUCUGGUAUAUCUUUUUCUCAUACUUGGAAUAGAAGUGCCCACAUCUUACAAUGUAGUUUUUUAGUUUCCAUGCCAAGAAAUUUAGGACAGUGCAACAUUUUAUUUGCCUUAAAAAACAAAAACAAAAACAAAAAGAAACAAAGACAGAGCACUGAUUUCCAAUCAGACUCACAAGAAGCUGUAACAUUAGACCUAAUACUUCAUUAUGAUUUUUUUUCAAAGUAUUUUUCUUUGAUUUUUCAUAUGAACACUUUUCCCUUAUAGAAACCACACCUAAAUUCCAAGUACCUCAUAUUUCUUUCUAGUUUGAGAUGAAGUGAACAUUUUUAUCAAAUUAUGCAUCACAAAUAGGUUUCCUCAGUUUUAAAAAAGGAUUAUUUUCAGAGACCAAAAUAUGGACAGUAAAAAUGACUGUCACAUAAAAAUCUUCACCGAAAAAAGAUCUUAAAUUCUUUUGGCUCUUCCUCAAAACUGUCAAAUUGGAAAAUGAAAUUAAAUCUCUGGUUCCUGCGG